AUGAACACUAGCAUCAACGUUACUUCCGAAACAGCAGCUCCUUUCGACAACUGGAUGCUCCUGCAGGACUCCAAACCUCAAUUAGAUGGUGAAGACAGUUGGUCUGCCUCUUCUGCUUCGUCCUCUACUUGGUUCGAACCAUUAGAAACCUUAUUAUCUUCGGCUUCGUCUCCUUCAACGGAUGACCAAUUUAGUCCGUAUUCUGCAUCUAGUAUGCCUGUUCUUGUUAAACAAGAAACAAUGGAUGAUGAUGACGAUGUAUUGUUAUCAACUACUCCAACGGGUAUGACAACAGCAACUACAACUACAGAUGUUGCCGCUAAUGCAAUUUCUAAACCUGUAAAGAAAGGUAGAACUACCAGAAAGAGAUUGACAGCUCAUCAAAAACAGGCACAUAAUAAGAUUGAAAAAAGAUAUAGAAUCAAUAUUAAUACGAAGAUUGCCAGAUUACAAACAAUCAUUCCUUGGGUGGCUACCGAACAAACUGCAUUUGAAGUCUCAGAGAAUGGUUCUAAUAAGAAUGGUACUGCAACUGCUCCGUCAACUAAAUUAAAUAAAAGUAUGAUCUUAGAGAAAGCUGUUGAUUAUAUCUUAUAUUUGCAAAAUAAUGAACGUUUACAUGAUAUGGAAGUCAUGAGAUUAAGAAAUGAAUUAGAAACUUUAAAAGCUGCUAAAAACUGA